AUGUUAGCAUUCUCUCUUUUUGUCAUUUGCCUGCCAGUUAUAGACUUGCUAUUUAUCGUCUACAAAUCAUUUUUCUUCUUCUUCUUCUUCUUCUUCUUCUUCUUCUUCUUCUUCUUCUCUUCAUUCAUAAACAUUCGCAAGAUAAUUUCUUCUUUGUGUCAUUUUAACUCACUCUCUCACUCUCACCCUCUCUCUCCUCCUCUCUCAUCAUCCCUACGUUUCUCUGUUUUCUCACCUGCUUUCGUUUCAUUUCUUUCUCCUACAAACAUAUUCUUUUUAUUCAAUUCACUUUCAUUUUCUUAUUUUCACUCUUCCUCUCCUUUUAGAAUUUGUUUCAUUUCAUUAUUUUUUCAAAAUAUUCUUUCUUUUUAUUCCAGUUUUUCGUUUCUUCACCAAUUUAUUUUAACUUUUUCCAAUCAUUAUUCUUCAUGUUUUUCUUUCUUUUCUUUUUUUUCUCGUAACAUAUUGUAA